AUGGACCGACCCGUUAAUCCACCCCACCUCUCCUCCGCCAGCACACCCACCCUAAACCACCUACCCUACAACACUUCCGCCUCCUCCAACCCGCCCUCAACAAUAGACCCCCGAAACGACUCCCUCCACCGCAGCCACACCGACGGCACAACCCGCACGCCCCUCUCUCCAUCCGAGCGUGCAGAAGGCGAGACAUGGAUGGACUUUCUGCGCCGCACCUCCACUUCCAGCUCUUCAGCCGCGCGAGCCCCCACCGACUCGCGCCCCGAACACCAACCACAUAUCUCGAGACAGCGACCGGAUAUACAUAUGAACAGCGUCAGGGACCUAAAUGAGGCACAUAAUGCGCUUAUCGCUGAGAGAAAGAGGAGGUUGACGGCGCCAGACAGCCCCGAGAGGAAUAGACGGCCCUCCGGAAUUGGGUCAGGGGCGAUCGCUGCCUCGGGCUCGCAAGUUGCUGGGCCGGGAGCUUCUAGCGAGGCGGCUGGAAGGGGCGUCCCGGGGAAUAGUGCGGGCAUGCCUAUUGACCUGACAGAGACGCCGGAUCGGAGCAGUAGAAGAGCGAGCAAUCCGAGGAGGCAGAGCAGGGAGGCUGGAAGAAGAGAGAGCGAUAUCGUACUUCCGCCCUGGCAGCCGGAUAGCGAGGUUAACAAGUGUCCGGUCUGUGGGAAUCCGUUUGGGUUUUUCUAUAGGAAACACCACUGGGAUGACAGCUCCGUAAGCCAAUCAUGGCUGGGCGGUGGUGAGGAAGUCCGAGUCUGCAAUCCUUGCGUCCCAGAUCCAAACUUCAGCCCUCCGCCUCAGCAGCAGCGCACGAUUGAGCCUUCUGCGGCCUUUCAACGCUUUCCGGCUUUUGCGCCUACUCCGUUGCAGGCUGCGCCUACAGCGCCGUUAUAUCAACAUCAGCCUCGACCUCGCCACGUAGUGUUCGAUGCAAACCGAUCAAUAGCGCCGCCGCUGCCGAAUUCAGUAGCACACCAGCUGCAAUCAAACUCAACUCGGCCACACCCUCUUGAACCGUUCCGGGACAGGCGUCACACCUUCCAGAACCGAACCACAGUACCACGGCCAUUACCACCAUACCGCCCCCCUCAGCUAUACCAGCACCAGCACCACCCCCAUCACCGUUCCACGUCGGCCAUGACGGGCUAUCGCUCCCUCCUUGACGAGCCUGAGCCGCUCCCCCGCCCCCCAUCGCCGCCGCGCGCACCUCCGCGCAGACAGCUCAGAGAAGAAGACGAGUGUCCAGUUUGCGGCAUGGAACUUCCACUCAAGACGGCUGACGGCAGCGCCGCAGCAGCAGAAGCGCACAUCGACGCGUGCAUCAGACAGCACGUAUCCGGUACCAGCGCGCCGCGGGAUUCAACGCAUCCACCGCCAGGUGGCCGGGGCCCCACGACAGCUGAAAACGCCGGCGAGCAAGCAUCGGCGUCGAGACCACGGCGUGACACGCGGAUCAAAAUCCGCAAGGAUAGAGCCACCGAAAAGGAUUGUUUGCGCGAAGACGGCGAGGCGCAGGAGUGUGUGAUUUGUUUCGAGGAGUUUGUCGUUGGCGAUGAGCUGGGCACGCUGCCCUGCUUUUGCAAGUUCCAUCAUGCCUGUAUUAUGUCCUGGUGGAGUACAAAGGGGCCUGGUAGCUGCCCUACUCACCAAUUGAGGCAUUGA